AUGUCUAUAGAAGAGGAUGUUGGCAUCACAGAGUUCAUUAGCGGGAGCCUAGGAGGCUUCACGGGCCUGAUCAAACACAGGUUUACAGAUUUCCAAGUGUCAGAGGUAGGCGUAGACGGAGCAGCCGCGCGCCUCACCACGACCGACUUCACCCCAGACCCAAACGGCCUCGCUGCCGGCGCCGCCGGCGCGGGCGCCGGCGCCACGGGCGCGCGGGCAACGCCGUCUGCGGAGGGCGUGGAGGCGGCUCUGAAGGAGUUUGCUGGGAUCGCUGGGGACGAGAACGGGCGGCGGCUGACGGCGCUGGUGGAGGGGAUUCUCCAGCAGCAGCAGCAGCAGCAGCAGCAGCAGCAGCAGCAGCAGCAGGCAGGCGAGAGCGGAACAGGGAGCGAGCCCGCGGCAGCGCCGCAGGACGAGGCGCCCCCCGGCGCUCGCACGGAAGCGGGGGCGGCUGCGCCGGCAGCGUUGGUGGCUACGCUGCUGCCUGUGGAUAGCAAGGAUGCGCGCAAGGCGAUCCACGCCUUCGUCAGGACCGAUCCCCGCCUGCCGCCGCUCGCGUCGGACUCCGCGCCCGACCCCGGCGGCGGCGCGGCGCACGUCAUUCAGAUCACCCCUGCAGCUACCGCCAGCCGCGGCCGGGGCAGCCACGGCGGCGGUGGCGGGGGCGGGGAUAGGAAGCGGGGGAGAGGGGAGUGGAGGCAGGACGCGGGGUGGCCCGGGGGCUCUGGGCGGCGGUAUGUGAAGUUUGUGCUUUACAAGGAAAACAUGGAGACCCAGGUGUGGGGUUUUGGGGGAGCAAGUUUCAGGGUUUUAGAGACAGGGGUUGAGUUGAGGGGUUUUAGGGAGUGA